UUUCAAAUUUCAACAAACAGUGGCAGAAGUCAGUUGUUGAUGAGCGCUUGUAAAACACUUGUGUACAGUCAUAGAAUACAGACGGAUUAUGAGUGAGUGGAUUAACGUUCAGGUGCAAUUUUUAAUUCUGUGGAAUAACUUCUGUUUCUGCAUUGGAGAAUUAUAACAGGCAUCAUUACUGAUUCGGACAGAUGACUGACAACUUUCAUCGGUUAGACGUUAUAUAAAAUAUCAAAACGAAAAUAAUUAAUGUUGAAUUGUUUUGAAAUUUCGUUAUACAGUUACGUGCCGUUAGAGGUCUUUUCUCUGUGUUAAGUCGUUAUUAUUGCCAUAUAUAUUGGAGUACUCUCUGAAGUGACUUAUAUCGGAAAACCAUUAUGUAUCAAGUGGUAUUGCUAAUUCUUUAAAAGUUACUAAGAUGUUCACAGUGCUUGUAGGAUAUUGCAACUUUAUCGAUAUAAACAUUUGCAUCGUAAGAAGACAACAACUGAGAAUCAAACUAUGCUGACUCUGUGAUAAAAAAGUUAAAUUGUGAUUUUACGACAUACGUGUGGAAGUUUGUUUUAACUUUGGAAUUUAAGACAAGGAUGUGAUACAAAAAUGGCAAGAAAAAACAUAUCAACAAACGUUGCAUUCUUACUAGAUUGCAUCAUUUUCAUCAUUCUGAAUUUAACGACUUCGAUAAAUUCCAGUAAAACAGGUGUCAUUCCGGUCGCCAGAUGUCGCUCAAGAUGCCUGGCUAAGUUUUUAAAAGACACCGUGGACGAUGAAGAAUGUCAGAUGUCUGACGCGUGUUUCUCGUGUUGGGGUGUUUGUGAAGAAAUCUUCAGCAUGCCCGAUGUUUGGAGGGAGCCCUGCAGGAGACGAAAGAUAUGUAAAGUUGGAUGUCAAACGGCGUGUCAGUUCCGAAAAUACGUAUCUCGGAGUAAGUCGGAAGUAUCCGACUCGUCAUUGUCAAGGUCAUUUACUGAGAUUCCUGCUGUAAGCAUUGAGAAAAAGAUGAUGCGUGAGGCUAUUGUUGCUUGGAGUACACCAAUCGUGAACAACAUCGUCCCGGGUACCAAACAAGGCUCGAACCUUAACUUUGUCUACGUUCUUUUUGCCAGGGACAAAAACAAAAAAGCUGGAAGCGCCUGGAAACAAAUUGUGCAGACGAGUUCCACAUACGCCAUCAUGGAUCUAACGUCUCUACCGUACUAUCCUGAGUUCUGGCUAAUGGCCGUCGGAGAGAACGGGACGCAGGCUGCGAUACGCUUCAAUGCUUCUAUCUCGGAUGAGGUCCCGUACACAGAAGAUGUCAUAAUAGUUCCCGACCGAUCUCCACACCGUAUAAAUGAAGGAGCAACUAUAGAGUACAACAAGGAUUCUACGUUAAAGUUGAACAUGACCAUGACGAUUGUAGAUGGCGUUUUGUAUCCGACUGUUUCCUGGCUUAAUCCCAGUAUAGUACCAAAGAAAGGGAACCAGCUUGCAUAUGCCAUCAACUAUUUCUUACAGUACUGUGACUGCCCGUGGCCCCCAGAUCACUAUUCCAAGAUGCUAUACGUACAGACAUACGAACAGCCAAAAUUGCAUUUGGAAAACAUCGCCUUUAAUGCUGAGUACUUGGUAGAAAUUGAAUUAAAAUCGGACAAGAAUUGGAGUGGGCAGGUAACUUUCUUCACACCAGAGUGUCUACAGCCAGACCGUCCGGAUCAUGCGAAAUGUCUGUCAGAAGUUUCUGGAUCACAUGAUGUGGUUUACAAGACGACAACACCUUUCCCCAAAACAACUCUAGAGACACUUAUCAAUGACACUGUGGCUUUGGAUACAGGUCACUUGAAGCAGCAUGGUUCCCCUUUUGGAGCAUUUUCUUCAUAUGGGCUAGACUGGAAUAUUACAAAUGCUGGUAUAGAAUAUGACGUCACAAAUGAGAAAAUACUUCUUCAUUUGAAAUGGUCUCUACCAUUUAAUCACACGAAGGUGUCACAGGAGAUUGUCUGGAACAAUAUCAGGCACGUGGAUCACGUGGAUGCUGGCAGAUUAAAACACGUGUCAAAAACAGAAGCUAACUCGAAAACACUACAGUUACGUCCAUUUAGUCAAUACAAAAUUUAUGUACAAGCUCUUUACACGGACGAUAAUGGUAACCAGAAUGAGCUUAGAAGCAGGGUGCUAGAAGUAAACACGAACAUAACUGAUCAAACGCCACAAGUGUCUCUAGCUAGAAUAUCAGCUAUUGACCAAGAAAAGGACAUCCUGAAUGGUAUCAUCCUUGGUGUGACCGUCGUCUCUAGUGUCAUCAUAUUCGGUAUCAUCAUUCUCUUCAUCUAUAAAAAGCGGCAAAGCUUCCGAGAUAUCAUUAUCACCAAGACAACCGUUGCUAAGAGCAACAGUUACAAGUCAAAUGUUGGCUGCAAGGUAGACUACUCUAACCAGAUUCUUAUUACCAGCGAUGAUUGGGAGGUGGAUUGUCGUCAACUGAAAUUUGCGAGUCAUAUUGGACAGGGGGCGUUCGGGAAGGUUGUCACCGGAUACUACCAAGACCAGAGAGUGGCUAUAAAGCUUGUAAGAGACUGCGCUCCGAUUUCAUACAAAGAGGAUCUUCUAGCAGAAAUCGCACUGAUGAAGAGGCUUGGUUCCCAUCCUAAUAUCGUUUCCAUGGUGGGCGCGUGCACACUUGUGGAACCAAUAUGUUUGGUGAUGGAAUAUGUUCCAUAUGGAAAUCUGCAAAAUUUUCUCAAGAAGUGUCGUUUGGAAGGAGAACUUACGGUAGAAGCGGGAAGGAGUCCAGAAUUGAACUAUUCUCUCAUGGAUGAGCACGGAGGAAUCAAUGAAGGGGUGAUCAAACCGGCUGACCUACUGUCUUUUGCUAGACAAGUCGCUAUGGCCAUGGAAUACUUGGGAGACAAGAAGUACGUUCAUCGUGACCUGGCUGCAAGAAAUGUCCUACUCGGAUUUGACAAGAUCAUCAAAGUGUGUGACUUUGGCCUAUCACGUGACAUAUUUAAUGAUAAUCAGUACAAGAAACUGACCAAUGGGAAGCUCCCUCUCAAGUGGAUGGCUGUAGAAUCUUUACGAGACCGUGUCUUCACUACACAGAGUGACGUCUGGUCUUUUGGAAUUCUGUUAUGGGAAAUCGUCACUAUGGGAGCAUCUCCAUAUCCGAACAUAGCCUUAGCAGAUUUAUAUUAUUUGUUGUCAAAUAAUUAUCGAAUGGAAAAACCAAGCAACUGUUCAGACGAAAUAUACAUAAUCAUGAGGCAAUGUUGGUUGGAAAAUCCAGCAGACAGACCAAAUUUUACCGACCUGCGUGUUCAGUUGGAACUUUUAUUAACACGAGACCGAAAUUACUUGGACUUGGACAAUAUAAACGUCCCCCUGUCCACCCCGGAGAGUAGCAGCGGAAGUCCUGCGUCAGAUGAUACAAAAUCGUUGUUAGCUGCGCAAGCACUUCAACCACAGCGGAAGUCAUCGAAAGAUGAAUUGACAGUAAACGUUAGUAUACAUGACAAAUCAGUGGAAAGACUUUUAAAACGGAAGGGUGAUUUUGACACUCACAAUAUAACAAUUUUAUGAAGUAUGGAGAGCACUGAUGUUUACAAUAUGAGUUUUACUUACAUAUCUUUCACCAAACUGGCAGAAAAGUAUCUAUACUUCCUUCACAGAGACCUAAUCAAUUUGCAGUAUCUGCAAUGGUGUCAAGACGUUUAAUGGCUGUAUAAAAUCCAGUAUACGGUCAGUAAAUAUAAGGUGAAGCGUGAAAUCUUUAAAAUGUAACAAUUACCUCUGUGGGGAUAUAGUACGGUAGAUAUUUCCCGCGGGUAGUGGAUGUGGGAAAUGGUGCUGAAGUUGUUGUCAUGGCACAUUGGUUACGGGUAUGACGUUUACAUUGAGAGAAAGCUGUACAUAUAGACCAUGAUGAAGUAUUGUAUAAAAUUGACCAUUGUGAAGAAUCGGAGAUGAACUUGAUUUGUUUGUUAUGCUGCACGUGAAAUUAAUGGCUGAAAAUAUUAGAUGGAAGCUACAACUUUUAGAUUAUUUGAUAGAUUAAUGUUGGAUAUGAAACCCAUAAAACACUGUUCUGUUUUCUAGCAAGUUCAUUGUAAGUCCAUGUGCUUUUUCGUCCAGCUCUAAAAUUUAGAAAUGCUUCAAACUUCCCCCCUUUAGCAAAUUUUGUACAUUUUGUUUCAACAGACUUUAGAAAUAUUGCAUAUGAGAAGAAUGAUCAUUGUUAUGUGGAGAAAGGGCACAUGGGCUUGUCAGGCAUUUGUUUCAACUAAAUGCAUUGUUUUGAUAGGACCAAAGUAUCUGUUGAGGCACAAACUGGUUUUGCUUUUACGUUUUAUGCUGAAUUAUACGAGUAAAAUGAUUUAUAACUUUCACUUUUUAUUUUGUUGUUGGAAUUGUUAUAGAAAUGUUUGUACUAUUCCAAAGAACAAAAUAAUAAUCAUGAUCUAUGUCUUUGAACUUCAUUUGUAGUAUCAUAUAAUUUUAUAUUUGUUAUUCCUUUUUAUCCUUUCAUUGGAACUUUCCAAACUCAAGUGCAGGGCGAAAAGUUUCAUUUGUACAUAAAUCAGUUUUGUUGCCGCAAAUGAUAAUGUGGCCAUUAUCCCAUUUUUACCAGUUUAACAGUGAAGCAAUAGAUGUAAGCAAUACUAAAUCCUGUAAGUUUUUAAAGAGUCAUAAACACAUUGCAUCUGUUUAAAAUAAAACUUAUGCUUUACGUUGGCCUCUAAAUUUCUAAAUGAUUAAUUUGAAAUAAGGAAACAUAACUUUUGUGUAUUAGUAUGAUUGUUUUUUUUUUAGAUGGGAAACAAUGCUGUUGGAACUUGUAUUUGAAAUGGGUGGUAAAAAAGUUCCAACUCUGUCGUCAUUAUCUUUUUACUAUAUUCAGUAUACAUAAAAUGUUAUUUACAACACACAAGAUCUGCAAAUAUUUGGUUAUAGCAUAUUUUCAUAAUUUGCGUGUACCAUCGAUGUUUGUUUUACAAACAAAUAGUAAGCUUUUUAUUCUACAUUUCAAGUUUUGAAUACCCGGUUUAAAUGUCAAUUUUUGCAACAAUGCAUUAUUUUAGAAGCUGUGUAUUCAAAUUACGAGGUUGUGACGUCAUGAUCCUUGUGACACAGAGAUUAUCAAUGCAAGCCAUAGAAAGCUAUAACAUGCGUUCGAAUUUAUGUUAAUUUGACCAUAAUUUUCAGACUUUUCUUCUUUCAGAUUAAUUUAUAUUACAAAAUGUAUCGACACUUUUUAACUCGUCUUUUGUAGGUAAUGGAAGAGUUACGUUUGUUCUGCUCGGACCUUUUCCCCUGUACAUUGAUUUUGUUGUUAUUGUGUCACAAUACUGUGAAAUAUAUUAACUUGACUAGUAUUUUUAAGUGCUCCAGCGACCACUGACCAGGCUUUAACGCAAUUGUUCUGAAAAUAUUGUUAUAUACCUGUUUUGAAUCCAACUUAAGUAAUUAUACCUCUUCUUCAUACUUGUAGUAGUAGAAUGUACAAUGUCCUGUGCACGUGAAUUUCAAGGCUAAACAACAUUUUGUAGUUUAUAGAAAUAAUGUUGAAAAACCUUUGUUUUUUGUGUUAUUCUAAUUACAAAAACUUCACUAAUGACAUCAGUCAUUUACCUGGCGUAUUUGUGGUUACAUUUAAAGUUUUUUCCGCUGACAAUACCGUAAGAGCAAUUGAAAUAAUGCAUUACAGAAUACCAUCGUUAACUUCCAUGCUCAGCAGAUAUGGGUAAAAUAACAGGUCGUGGUCAAGAUACUACUUCUUUUCAUUUUUCUUUUCGUCAUCAAUAUACAAGACCAUUUUUCACAAGUUUGUAUACAUUUAUUGAUAAGCUUUUCUUUUAUUUAUUGUGUCUUGAUAUUUUUGACAUUUACUAAACAGAUUUUUGAUUUAUUUUUCAAUAAUGUUGAUGCAUUGUCUGGAAAAUUAGCAUUCUUCGAUUUGUCACAGGACAUCAUUUUGACUGUAUGCUUAGCCUACUUCAAUUAAAUAAAAUGAUAUGCUAGUUAAAUUUGUUACAGAGCGGAGUUUUGACGUUUAGCUUACUUCAAAUAACUGUAUUGAAAUAGUGGUUUAAUUUGAUAUAGAACGUCAUUCUGACUAUGUAUAGCUUACUUUAAAUAAAUAGAACGAUAUACUAGUUCUAUUUGAUAUAGAACGAAAUUUUGACAAUAUGCUUCGCUAAUACCUCAAAUAAAUAAAAUAAUAAACUAGUUCAAUUUGAUAUAGACCGUCGUUUUGACUAUCUGAUUAGCUUACUUCAAAUAAAUAUAGUGAUAAAAAAGUUCGAUUUGAUACAGUAUAUAUAUAUCAUUUUUUCCAUAGCCAUGCAGAUUGUUCUUUAAAAGUGCAUGAAGUACAUUUGUCUUAAAGAUUAAAUACUUUACUGGAAACAUCUGAUAGUUCAAGUUUCUUUUUGAUUUGAUAAAUCUUGACAGAAUGUCUGCAAUAGAUAAAAUAUGGCUGGAUUAUGAAAUAAUUAAAUCAAAACUAGACGAAUACAACCAUCUUUACGUUACAUUUUAAUUAUCGUUUAUGACUUUUUAUUGCAUCAUUAUUUUGUUAUAUUGAAGCACAGCAUUUUAAGUUGAAUGCUAUUUUAAAUACUAAUCUAUUACACAGCAAAUGAACUGUUUUUGUCAUUUUUCUGUUCUAAUGACGUAGUUAAUAUACAGAAGCCGGCAUUUGUUUGUUUUAGUGUAAGAUUGAAUUAUCACAAUAAUUUGAAAAUGUAAUGUAUGGUUGUUAUGUUCAUCCGACAUGUUAAACAAACGAAUUGUAUUUUUAUAUCAUGUAUAUUGUUUAGCUAUUUCAUCCGCGCAGCGUCACGGACGUCACAAUUUAUAUUAUGUUGGAAAAAGUAAUAUUGUUCUGUGAAGUUUAACAUUAUGUUAGGAAGAGGUGUAUUUUUUAUCUUCUUGUAAGUAACUGUAUACAUAUAUGUUCUUACUGAAGUAUACAUUUUAUUUAUUCACGAAUAAUUUGAUAACUGUACAGACAAUCAUGGGGGAAAUGACAAUCAAAAAUGUUGCUCAGUGUGAAUAUUUUUAUUUGAAAUUUAAGAUUUUACUUAUUUUCAUUCGUAACAAUAGCCAAGUGGUUGCACUUUUAAAUGAAAUUCAAGAUUUUGCUUAUUUUUGUUCGUAACAAUAGCCAGGUGGCGGCACUUUUGAAUGAAAUUCAAGAUUUUACUUAUUUUUAUUCGUAACAAUAGCCAUGAGGUUGCACUUUUAAAUGAAAUUCAAGAUUUUACUUGUAUCUUAUUCAUCAGUGUAAAAAUAGCCAAGUGAUUGCCUUUUUUAAUGAAAAUUAUCUUUAUUUGUCACAAUUGUCAAGUGGUUGCGGGAGCGCUCAGGUACUCGUACAGGUAUAUAUAUGUGUAUUUUUCAUUCUUUUUGGAAUUAUGUUGUAUAGGCCCGUUUCAAAGCAACGAAACAGAUGUGAAAGCCCUUCUUUGGCAAUUUUGCUGUAUUAAGUUGUUAUUUUUGUAUAGCUGAAUACAUCGUUUGUAUAUGACGGACACAAGUACGAUAGAUAGUAAUGCCCCCAGAUAUGCGUCAACUUUUACAAAAUUUGUUAGUAGUUGGGGAAAAGUAAAGUGGUUCAGUUAGUAACGAAACACUCAAUACAUAUAGUGUAUGCAGUAUAAAUAGCUAGUCAAGCACUGAGAGAUGAAAUGGAGCGAAUUUAGAUGUUCCCUUAUCAAUUUAAUAAUGUUGAUCUAUGAUUGAUAUUUUCAAUAUACGUUGCUGUCUGUUUUAAUGAUUUUGAAACUUUGAUGUUUAUCCUGGGGCAUGUCUCUAGGCUAUGAGUUAUCGCAUCAAAAUAGGCCACCAGUUGAGAACAGAAGUUUACAAAAACAAGCUGGAAAAUAGUUUUCAUUCACUAGCCUUUGUACAUCUAAUGCAGUUAUAUUUCAUAAUUUGUAUAAGUGAAGGCAGGACAUCGUUUUUCAAAUUAGCCGACAAGACUUGUCCAAAAUGGUCAUGUGGUCAUAAUUUGAUUUGAUAACUGGAUAAUUCUGGAUAGUUUUAGUACAGUAUUGAUAACUUGAUAAUUUUAGUACUAUGUUUGUCCUUCGUACUUUCAUUUGUCAGUGUUACGAAGGAGAGACGAUACGUUCGGUUACAGUUGCUUGUAGUUACCAGAGAACAAGAUUCAAUAUAGUUCAUAACCUUAAGGUAGAUUACCCGUAAUGGCAAUCGGCAAUUUCCGUGUGAAAACGUAUCCUUCGUAUUUGAUUUAGGAAUCCUUCGGCCAUACAGAAAAUGAGCCGCGCCAUGAGAAAACCAACAUAGUGCGUUUGCGACCAGCAUGGAUCCACACCAGCAUGCGCAUCCGCGCAGUCUGGUCAGGAUCCAUACUGUUCGCUAACAGUUUCUCUUAUUGCGAUAAGCUUUGAAAGCGAACAGCAUGGAUCCUGAUCAGACUGCGCGGAUGCGCAGGCUGGUCUGGAUCCAUGCUGGUCGCAAAGCCACUAUGUUGGUUUUCUCAUGGCGCGGCUCAAAUUAUUUUCCAUAUCAACCGGAAAAUACCGGAUUCGCAAACGGAGAAAACAUAAACCGGAAACGUGUCCAUUACCUUAAGAUAGAUACAAUAAUCCUGUAUUGUCAAAUAUAAAACAUUAAUUGAAAUACGUAAAAAUAUUUCCAUUUAAGGUAUUAGGUCCCUAAUAGUAAUGUUUAAAAAAUGGCAUUUGCUUGGUAUAUUCUUACAGUUGACCGUGCUUCGCACUUAUAUGCAAAUUUUUAAAAACUUUUACCGUGCCGUUUUUUUAUAAAUUUUGUGUAAUUUAUGGAAUUUCCUAAAGAUCAAGUAGAGACAAAUUUCAAAGCGGUGGCCUUUAUCCAAAAUGUAUUCAGAGAAUUUAUUAUUCCAUUAUUUUUUAUGAAAGAAACAUCAAACUAUUGGUAAACAAUCAUAAAACUUAAAAUAAAAACUGUCAAUAUCAUUUUUUCUAGGGUGCCUCGAGUAAACGGAUUUAAUCAGACAGAAUUCCAACUCCAGUAUUGAAAAAUUAUGGUCGAAUCCUGCGGGUCUGUUAUGAAUGUUGCUCACGUCAUUCAAAAAUAACCUUGGGGCAGAAGUAAAACCUACCUACAUUUCUUCCACAAUAUGUAAUCUAAAGAAUGAAGGCAAAAUAGAGAACUUUUACCGCAUGUAACUCAGUAUUUUUAAAGAUGUGUAUCUCUACCCAUUCUGUUUUAGAGGUAAAUUCACCUUUAGCAGCAAGAAAUCGCAUAUCAAAUGAUUUUUUUCCAUUUUUGUACAAUAAAUCAAUAACAAGUCUUGAAAGAAGUAAAAACUUACUAGAAAAAAAAAGAAAACAAGGGAAAAAGAAUUUAGUCCCAGUGGGGCUUGAACCUACACCCCCCCCCCCCCCCCCCCCCUUGAAAAUUGCUGUCAAAGUAGGUUUAUGGUAGGAAUUGAAUACUCUUCAAAUAGGAGGUACUCUAUUAUGGACCUAAUACCUGUCUGAUGAAAUGCGAAUAAUUGCAGACAUUCGUUAGCGUAGUAAGAUCAUUUGCAACAGUCACAAAAAAACUAUAGCGUACAGUUUUUUUUUUUUUUUUUUUUUUUUUUUAAUUUUUGCAACAGUCACAAAAAAACUACAGCGUACAGUUUUUUUUAAUAACAUGUAUUUUGAAUUACGUAAUCUCGUAAUGUAUUUAUUCCACAAAUAUUCAGUUUUUAACAAGUAAACAGAAACAGAACUUAAACAGAGGUUUUCAAGAUUUUUAAACACAUUUUAAACAUCACGAUCCAUUUUAUCUACAAAUAAGUAAGACAUAUACCAAGGUUAUGUCGUUCUUUCGGUUCAUUAAAGAGACUGGUUUGUGCAGUACAUUUUUUUUCCAUAUAUGUAUAUUUGUACUUGAAUACUUUGUAUAUACUUCGAAGUGUUAAAUCUUUGUUUAUUGUUAUACGAUGGAUGCCAUAUAGAUGUAAAUAUUUGAAAGGUUUAAAAUAUGAAAUGAUUUGUUAUAAUGUAGUCCCGCACUGUGAAAUUGUCAUCUUGUUAUGUGCAUAUUGCUCAUUUCUUACAAAAGUAAAUAAAGAAAAUAAAAUCA